GAUUGUAAUAAAAUAAGUAAUAAUACUGGUAUUAGGAUAUUGUUCAAUUUCUAUACACUAAAUUAUAGUGACUAAAGAGUUAACAUAAAAAAAUUGUACAUUAUCAAACAGCAACAGUUGCAGUAAUCGUAUUCAUACGUUGGAAUAGAGGCAAUUUAAAAAGGUCAAAAGAGGAAUCCAAUAUAGAUAGGGCACUAUAAACAUGUUUAUAGUAUUUGGGUAUACUUUUAUAGUCUAGGUAGCAUAGAGCAUUAUAGCCGUAAAGGUACAGUGAGUUUAUUUAUACCAAUAAUUUACGUAAUCGUUAUCGUUAUUACUUAUCAAUGUACUUUGGUAUUAUCGAUCACAAGGUGAACCCAGAAAUGAAAGUAUUUUAACGUUAUGGCAAAUGGUUCGACUGCUCUUGAUUAAAAAUCAAAACUUUUGCAAUUCCCGAAUUCAUAUCAAUUUAUCAAUAAGUUGAUUAACAACGAUCCCCAAACACCUUCUGUCAUGCGCGGUCCAUCAGCGUACAUAAUAGUUGUUUUGCGAAAAUUCAUUCGAUUUGCGGCUAUAUACAUUACUAUUUGGCCGUGUACGUACAUUUACCCCUAAUUUUUCGUAAACAUGUGAACUUUGUGCAUCGAGUACUCUCCAAGCAACAAGUCUAAACACGUCAAAUUGUGCCAUUAUGUCAGCCUAUUUGGGUAGUGUAUCUACUAGGAAAUCCGAGUAAGUCUAAAUCUAAAGUAAUCUUGCAGUGGCGUGUCAAUUGUCGUUUAACGUUUUCAUUUUUUUACCUCAUGGCAUUAUGAUAAUAUUUUUUAGUUUGCCAAUAAAACUAGUUCUAAUGAAAAAGUAAUAAGUACAAUUUAAAUUUGUUCAAAUUAUUAUAUUUGACUUCCAGAGUAGUAUAAGUUUGCAAUGUCAAUGGAUUUGUACUUAGGUACAUUAGUGCAAUAAUAAACCCAUUAAUUCAUAUGCACACACCAUGUGUGUGUGUGAACAUUUUUUACAUGUUUUAUAAUAAUAUGUACAUUAUAUUAAUGUAUUAUUUUUGUAAGUAUUUUUAACACUAUGUAAUUAUUAUUUAAUUUUUUUUUUUGUGGAGGGAGAUAUAUUAUUUUUAAUGUAAAUUGUUGUGACUUAUACAUGAUGUAUUUUUUUUUUAAAUUUUAAAUAGUGACAAGUAUGACGAUGAUCUAAACGAUAGAGAUGAUUCUAAAAGGUAGGUAUUACCAAGGUUUCAUGGCCAAUGUUUGUUCCACUAUUCGAGGAUAUUUUGUUAUGAAAACAAUAAUGAUUAGGAAAUCAAGAAACUUGAGUGAAAAGAAACGCCGGGAUCAAUUUAACAGCCUAGUCAACGAAUUGAAUCGCAUGUUGUCAACAGCCAAUAAAAAAAUGGAUAAAUCAACUGUUUUAAAAACAACCAUAAAUUAUUUAAAAAACCAAAAAGGUAAGUUAUUCAUUUGUAUACAAUAAAAAAAAAAAUAAUAAUAAUACUAAUUUGUUUUGCUACAGUAUUAAGAUCUAGAGUGCAUGAAAUAGACAAUGAUUGGAAGCCAUCAUUUCUAUUAAAUGAAGAAUUUACACACAUAAUAUUGGAAGUAAAUAUUGUCAUUUAAUUAUAUUAUUUGUAAUCUGAAUAAUUUUAUAUGAUUGAUUUAUUAUUUAGGCUUUAGACGGAUUUAUAAUAGUGUUUACAUCAUUAGGGAAGAUACUUCAUGCUUCAGAAACUAUCACUGCUCUUCUUGGUUAUCUUCCGGUAUUAUAUAAAUAAAAAAAAAAAAAUACUAUAUACUAAUUAAACUAAUUUUAAUUGUAUUUGUUAUGUUUUAUGAAAUUCAAAUUUUUUCAGAAAAACUUAAUAAAUUUAUCAAUAUUUAAAAUAAUUAAUGAAGCAGAUCAUUCAAUGUUGCGUGAUCUAAUUUUAGAAUCUAAGCAUUCUCAGACACUUGAGAAUGGUAAAGUUUAUAUAUUCAAUGUGCCAUUUUUAGUACUUUUGAUGAAUGUCUUUUUGUAUAUAUUAUUUUAGAUAAAAUUGUAUUUUCUUGUCAUUGUAAGAGACAUGAUCUAUUGAAAGAUUCAGAAGAAAUAAAUGAAAAAAAUAAAUUUGAAUUGGUGCAAUUUUUUGGCUAUUUUCAAAAUAGUAGUGAAAUAUUUCAUGGAAAUAACAAUGGAAUUUUAUCUCCAUGCAGUAGUGAAGAAGACGAUCAAAAGUAAUUAUUUUUAUUUUUGAAGAUAAAAAUAAAAUUUAAAACUAUAUUUUAAUUUAUUUUGGAUAUAUAGUCUGGUAUUUGUUGGUAUUGGCCGGAUAAUGACACCUCAAUUAUUAAAAGAGCUUCCAGUUUUAGAGGAUGUAAAAAUCGAAUUUACCUCCAGACACAGUUUAGAAUGGAAAUUUUUAUUCCUAGAUCAUAGGUAAAAAACAUUUAUUUUUAUAUAACUUAAACUUAACAUUUUUAAUACAGCUGUAUUGUGCAUACAUUUUAGUUUUGUUUGUAACAUACAAUUUAAAUAAAUCUAAUUAUUUAUUAAAUUAUAUGCUUGUUAAUAUUAAAGUAUACAAUUUAUUUUAAUUUUAGAGGGCCAUCUAUUAUUGGUUACAUGCCAUUUGAAGUACUCGGAACAUCUGGCUACGAGUAUUAUCAUAUUGAUGACUUAGAAGAUGUGAUUUUAUCACACCAAGCACGUAAAUUGAUAAUUAUAAAUUUAAAUUAACAAAAUGAAUUAACAUGCUUAUUUUUAAUACAUUCACUAUUUAAUUUUUAGUUAUGCUAAAAGGUGAAGGCACAUCUUGUUAUUAUCGGUUUUUAACUAAAGGUCAACAAUGGAUAUGGUUACAGUCAAGAUAUUACAUUAGUUACCAUCAAUGGAACUCAAAACCUGAAUUCAUUGUUUGUCAUCAUCAAGUCAUAAAUUAUUUGAAUGUUAUUAAAAGAGAAGGGACUGAUCUAGGGAGAAAAAAAAAUAAAAAAAGAUUAUGGCACAUACCUUCAAAUGGUAUUCAACAAGAUACAUCAGAAAGUGAUUAUGAUUCAUUUCAUAAAAGACAUUAUGAACAACAAAUGCCACAGUCGCCUCAAAUGGUUAGUUAAUUAAUUAUCAAUAUGAAAUUGAACUACAUUCAUAGGUAAUAUAUAUUGCUGAACCAACAAUGAUAAAAUAGCUGCUGACUGUGAUGUUUUAGAUUUAAAACAUAGGCAGGAAUUUAAUUGGUUUUAUUAUGGUGCAUUUUGUUUUUAUUUGUAUGUAAACAAUUUUUUUACUGAACUUACAUAAACUUUACAGAUGGUUUCUAAUAGUGAAUUUUGUCUAGUUAGUUAUUUUUUUUACUCUUCUUGUAGUUUUCUGGAAAUCAUUGAACAUGUAUACAAUAACAGUUUCUGUUAUUUAAAAUUUUUAUUUUGUUAUUAGUUAAAAAUAAUCCUAGAGAUCUGAUAUUUUUUUUAUUUAUGUUAGUUUGCAGUUUUAUAGUAAAUAGCAAAUAGUUUUAUCCUAUAACAGAAAUAGACUUCAAUAUUAACGAAUUUAGAAUUACAGACAAAAUGUAAUUAUAAUAAUAAAACUAUCAACAAUAAUAAACAAAUUUAAUUUUUAGUUCAAUAUUACAUAGUGUUGCAUAUUGAUAAAUUAAAUAAAAAAGGAAGAGUUGCUGUUGUUUGUUGUCUGUAUAAGAUGGGAUAUGGGUAUUUAUCAAGGAAAUUGUAGAUGAAUAGAGAAUAUAAAGUAUAAUCAUGUAAUUGAGGUGGGGCUUUAAAAUUUAUGAGGGAUAGAAUAGUAGAUGAGUCUAUUUUACCAAAGAAAAGAUGUGACAAAAAUAAAAUAUUAUGUGCCUACCUAUGGUCAGCCAGGCUUGUGAGGCAAACUUUCCAUAGAACAAGAGUGUAAUUGUAAUGAAGACAAGGAAUACGGAGUAAAAAAUAAAUGGUGCAGACAAACCUACCUGUUGCGGUCUCCAGGUUUCAUAAUACACUGUUGUACUCAACAUGGGUCUCACUAAUGUGCAGUGGAGAAUUUUUCAGAGAUAGAACUAGGAAAAAUAGUUAGGAGGAGCGAAGAAUAUUAAUAUAAUAUAAUUAUUACUGAACACUUCUUUAUUAAUGGUGAUAAUUUCUGAACAAUUUAUAGCCAUUUAUUAGUACAGAAGUAUAUUCUAUGAAUGUAAUUAAGUUGAUUUUUAAUAUAUUGAGUGAUAUUUAUGUUAUUAUUCUUAUUAUUUUUAGAAAAUUAGAUCAAUUGAAGGAGUGUCGAAUUCAAAUUCUAAAAGUGAAUCAUUGAUAUUACCGAAAAUUAAACAAGAUAUUUCUGAAACAGUUGACAAUCAUUAUUUACAAAAUGUGCAGUCUUCAAUAAAAUUACCUCCAGUUUCAUCUGUAAAUAUAUUUGUCAAAUAUUAAUUGAAUAUUCAAUUUACAUAUAAAUACAUAACCAUUUAUAAAUUGAAAAUUAUAUGAACUCGUUAAAUAUUGUUUAUUUCUACAGGAAUAAAAUUGUAAUUAUAUAAUAAUUAGAGAUAUGUUUUAUAUUUCAGUAAAGAAUUUUAGAAAGUUAUCAUUUAUAAUAAGGUGAUUUAGAUGUAAUUUUUUUUGAAUAUUGAAACUAAUAAUUAUCACGAUAAUUCUAAAAUCUAUUUUGAACCGAAUAUUUUAUGUAUGCAUUAUUCUUAGCUUAAUCUUAAAAUUAAUUUUGUUAAAACACCUGUGAGAUAUAUAAGUGUAAUUUUACUUCUGUGAUAACUUAGGGAAAUAAAAAAAAUUACCUAUUUAACUACCAUUGAUAUCCGUAACCUUAAAGUUGUAUGAAACAUUCUAAGUUUUUAUUGUUCUUGUUAUAAACUAAAAAUAUUCUCACAUUUUCAAAUAGUGUACAAUUAUAAUCUUUGUUUACUUAAAUUUUGUAUCCUAAAUAUUAAAAUUUUGAUAAAUCUAAUUACAUUUUAUCACAAUACAUAUUUUUUAUUUUUCAAUGAGAAAGAUUUUCACCAAAUCAAAUUAGUAUAGUUUAUAAUUAGAGAAUAAAUUAUUUUUAGCUGCAUGAAAAUCAAAUUCAAAAUCAAUUACAACGUAAACAAGAACAAUUACAAAAAACUAUUAUUAAACAACAAGAAGAACUACGGAAAAUAUCUGAACAAUUAUUAAUGGCUCGUUGUGGAAUUAUGCCAUCAUUUAUGAAUGUAAUUAUUUUAAUUUGUAAUUAUUUCUCUACAAAUUAUGAAUAUUAAGAUUUCUAUUUUUUUUUUUUAUAGGAAUCUACAAUAAUACCUCUAACAACUUCCAGGCAAACAACUCAACCUGAAACACCUAUCAAUCAAAUUAAUCAUACUACUACUAGUCAAGAUGUGUUUGAAUCAUCUUCAAUGAUUUCUUCUGAUGUUUUACUGGUACUUGAAAGAGUAUAAAUAAUUUUAUUUAGUAAUUACUUAUUUGAUGUAACAAUAAUAUAUAUAUAUAUAUAUAUAUAUGUAUACUUUUUUUUUAUUAAAGAACGAACAAGAUAUACAACACUCUGAUUCAUCGACCAUAAUUCAAAAUAUAACUGAUGAGGGCGGAGGGCAGUUGGAUUAUAGUUAUAAUAAUCAAUCUAAUGAUGCACUUUUUAAUCAAAGUCAUUAUUAAUUUAAAAAUAUCAAGUUUAUUAAAAUCUAGAUUAAAUUUCAAAAAUAGUUCCAUCUUCCAUUUAUAUUUCAUUAAUGGUUUGAUGCUAUGAAAUUGGUCAGAUGCUCAAUAAUCUCUUAGUUUAAUAAAAUUUAAAAAAAAAAAGGUAAAGUAAUUAAUUACUAACUAGAUAUUCAAAACUUUUAAUUUACCAAUUUAAAUAUAUACAUACCUCCUAGUUUUUAAUAAUUGUAUAGUUAAUUUUUGAGCACCACAAUAUCCUUUAUAUUUUUGUGUUCUUUAUCAUUUUUUUAAUGUAUACAAUCGUUAACAUUUCAAAUAUUAUAACCAAAAUUAACAUUAUUAUUUAAACAAAUCAAAACUCCCUUUAAAUAUUUAAAUCUAAAUUAUAAAAAUAGAAUUAAAUAAUUAAAAAUUUAUAAAUAGUAAUGAAAAACUAAAUAUUUUUUUGAGAAUGAUACAUCACACAAUGUAAUAGUUUAAACACUUGAGAAAAAUACACAAUUUCAAAUUGUAUAUUACUAAAUCAAGUUUACAAUAAAAAUUUAAUUUUCUUAAAUAUACAAUUAUUUAGUAAUAAACGAUCACUUAUAAUAAUAAUUGUAAUAUUGUAAGUCAUGUUAAGCCAUGAAUUAAUCUAUUUUUUGGUCUAAAUUUCUAAUUUAAUUUAACAAUUUUUUAAUUGUUAUAUUUAUAAAAUCUGAACCCAAUGAAUUUUACAAAUUUAAAAGAAUUAAAAUUUAAACAAUUAUUUUGUAACUUUUUUUUCUGUAAGCUAGUAAACCCAACCUAACCUUGAUUUAUUUUUGUUGAUUAUAAUUGCAAUGCUAAAAUCUGUCAAAAAUGUAUAUUUAAUUUAAUAAUUUCCAGUCUUAAAUCAUAUAAUAUUUCAUUAUUUGUUUAAUCAUUUUAAAUUCAACCAAAGUUGUAAUGUACAUAAAUAACUGUUAUUGGUUUUUAAAAAUUGCAUUGACUAUUAGUUUUUAAUUGUACAAAAUGUUCCUCUUUGUGGGUUCUAUCUUGGUUCCUUUGAUCUUAACCUGUGUUAUGUGUUCGUUUAAAUAAUUAUAAUGAAACUUUUUAUUGUUUUUACUCUUAAGCUUUAAACAAAUUAAUAUGUCAAUUAAACACAUGAGUGUACCAAUACUUAAGAAUUAUAAUUUGUAUGAUUAACAGUGGGUGCUAUUGAAUAUUUGUUGACAUUUUCAAUAUUCUUUAGAAUUUUACUUUGAAUUUAUUUAAUGAAUUGUUUUUAUAAUUAUAAUUAUAAAAGACAAAUGUGGCAUAUUAAUUAAUUAUGUAUUUGUUAUUUUAUUACAUCUGAUAACUUAAGACUUUUAUUAGUGAUCAAUGACUAUACAAUAUGAUGUAUAAAACACCAGACACUGACUUUCAUAUAAUUAACUCAUAUUAGAAUUGUUUUAUUUUGUAAUAUUGUGGAUGCUAUAUAUUUAUAAAAGACCAAGUAGGGUUAAUCAAUACCUUAUGGAUAAGGUUGAUUGAUUUUUGUUAAACAAAUUUUAAAUUAUACGUUCAAUUCUAAAAGCUUGUGUAUAAGAACAGAAAUAAGUUUAAUCUGAAUAAUAACUAAAUAGUUAUAAUAUAAAAAUCAUGUAACAAUCAAAAGAGAACUCUGGUUACAUUAUUGAUCUCUUAAUAUUAAAUAAUUGUUUAUAAUUUCUAGGGCAUUUAUAUAAAAAUUCCCUGAAAAAAAUGUUUAACAAUUGCAUAUUUGAUUAUUGAAAAACAUCUAUAUGUUUUUGUGUAUAGCCUCAGCAACAAUUUUUUUUUUAAAUAUUUUUAAUCUUAAUAAAGUUAUGAUCUAAUAAAAUAAUAUAUUACAAGUUGCUGGUUUUUGCUUUUUUUAAAAAACAAUGAAGAUAUUAUAUUUAAUUUUCAAUCAUUGUUUAUAAUAAAUGUAUAACUAUUUUUUUGUUAUCGGCAAAUGUUUUUAGGUAAUAAAAGUAUAUUCUUCAAGUAUUUUGCAUAAUGUCUAAUAUGUCAUUUUUUUGAUUACAUAUUAAAUAAUAUAAUAAUUUUUUGUGAGUUUUUAAAAAUUGUUUACUAAUUAUAUAAAUUUGACAAUAGGUCUGAGUUUGGCCUACAGUAGAAGUCAUUUAGUAUAUUUUUGAAGAUGCUGGAGAAUUAAGUUAUAUUUACUAUAUCGCAUAAUAUAACAUGUAAAUAUUUAUAUAAUUAAAAAAAAUUAUUAAAUAUUAUGUUAUCAUUUUUGUUCUAAAUACAUAAUUAAAUGAUCAAAUAGCUAUUAUUUAGAAUUUUAUUGUUAAGAAUUACAAAUUAGUUAAAUAUUAUAUUGAUUCCUAUGGAAAUGUAUCAAAUUAAUUUAGUCUAUUUAAUACUUAGUUUAUUUUUUGUGUGGACCCAUAAAUUUAAUUUAGUCUAUAUUUUAAUAUCUAAUGUAUUUAUUUGCGUGUGGACCAAUUAUGAAAUUAAUUCAUAGUAUUGUGUAAAGUCAUACCCAUUUUGUUGCGAUUUAUUAGUUAUUAUUUAUUGUAUAUAUUGAGUUUUACAAUAUGACCAUUAUAAUUUAUUUUUGUAUUAAUUUUUGUUUAUUUGUUUAAAAUUAUUUUUAUAUU